AGCUAGUCAAAAGGGAACAAAACAAAAAGGGCAAGAUUGCACUGCACGAGCAUUUUUCUAUGUGAUACACAUCUUUAACUUUCGACCAUGAAUAUGAGAAUUAAGCAUAUUUUCACAAGUAUUAUCGUUGCCAUCCAUUGCUGCAGUGCUUUCCGCUUCAGUGGUUUGGAGUUUUAUUCACACUUCAUCAAUGGUGAUUUCCUCGACUAUAGACCCUUCGGCGGGGGCAGUUCUAAAAGUGAUGAUGUUCAGCAGUCCAUGCCUUCGAUUGGACAGAGCCCUAAUUCGUUUUUGGACUUUAUCACAUUCAAAGACAAACAGUAUUGUUCGAUCUACGAAGAGCAAGCCCAAGAAGCUGAGGAUUCCAAGAGUGCCGAUGGAAAGCGUCCACUCAAAGUCAAAUGCAUCCCAGCGAAGGGAAAUGGCACACUGCAGAUAAUCACCUCACUCAAGGAAGUCAUCAGUGUGCUCGCUCCCCAUGGAAACUCCACUAAGCGAACCACGGCGGGAAAUUGUGUUAUUAUGCUAUUCUAUACGAAAACCUGCAUCCACAGCGCUUUCAUGGCGCCACACUACAAUGCACUUGCUCGCCAUUUCCCGGAUUUGAAAGUGACGGCAAUCGAUGCGUUCAAUUUUCACUCCUUGAAUACGGAGUUCGGAAUUGUAGGGCUGCCCACCAUUAUGUUCUUUCACCAGGGACGCCCUUUGGUGAAGUUUAACGAGACAGAAAUCACCCUCGAAACGCUCGUCAAAUUUGUAACCAAACACAGCGGUGUCGAGCCCAGACUGGUCAAUCACAAAAUGACGAUUAACGUACCGCACUACAUCUCGGAAGACUUCAAAGGUCCGUUGUCGAACAAGGUGGAGAAGAAGACCGACUAUUGGCUCUAUGUGGCGUGGAGUUUCAUAAUCGUUUGCAGUUGCUACUACUUCUCUAAAUCGGUGUACUACGUGCAGAUGAUUGAGACGAUCAAACGAAAUUGGAGGGAAUCCGGAGCACACCAUCGGAGUUAGGGCGUCGAUAUGUUCUCAAAGUGUUUAGUCAAUGCAGCGGUGUUUUAGGGCUAGUGCGUUAACUUAUUGUAUCGUUUUGUUGGGGGUGCUGUUUUCACGAAUAAAGUGUACCGUAGGUGCAAUGAAAAUAUCGAACUUAGGAUGUGUAGUGCAGUGAAAUGAAUUAAAUAUCAUAAAUAAAAGUUUGCUAACGCUUAAAAAA